GAGGGGGUCGCAGCAGAGGUUGCAUCCUCCUGAGGAGCGCAGGAGUCAGCUGUGAGGUUCUUACAGACCUCCAUCGAGCCCCUCUUGUGGAUUAAGUCUUCUUUUCUAAGCCACAAGCGCUCAUCCUCAUCCUCACUCUCUCUCUCUAUGCCAGGCUGUUUGUCUGCUUCUCGCUCCUUCCUCUGCCACUGCAUUGGGCUUGGACUUGACUCAUCAUUUUUGCCUUUCUUUGGCUCUCCCCAGCAUUACCUCUUUUCUUUUUUGUGUCGUUUGCGUAGUCUUUUAGCUUCAAAAGUAGCCUGACGAAGAUGGCAGCUAGUGUUUUUCUGUAAGAUCCCCGCAUCUUCCGGAAGAAGAGAGCCUUUAGGGGUGACCCCGACCUCCGGAGCCCUCCGGAACAAUUCCCUACCCACUGUGAAUGGGGGGUGGGAUGGGCAGGGCUCGGGCGAGUUAGCCUGGGGGCUCGAGCGGUCGCAACAGGGCAGGCGAUGCCGGAUAGGAAAGCACAGAAAGCAGCAGCAGCAGCAGGAGGAGGAGGCGGAGGAAGUGGCUCAUCCAGAGACAAGUGGAAGCUGAGGAGGAGAGGCAGUCGGCUGACGAUACAACCGCUCUUUACCAUCACUGAGGAAGAGGAGGUAAAGAGACGGAGGGAGGCUGGCAGGAAGCAGAAACGAGCAUCCUUCUCCCAGUAUAAGUCGGAGGAUGGCAGAGUGUCUUCAGCAUCCGGGCAGACCUUCUCCCCCACCGGGACGCCUGUGCCCACUCCCGUCCCUAACCGUACCACCAGCAGAAACACAAGCAGUUAUGCUGCCACCAAAACAGACUCGUUGCUCUUUAACAAGAUUGAUGAGAGGCUGAGGCUGGCCCGUGAGCGCAGGGAGGAGCAGGAAAAACAGAAUGCUGCCAAGGAGGCCCAGUGGCAGGCGCGCGAGGAGCGAGCCCGGCUGCACUAUGAGAAGCAGUUGGAGGAGAGGAGGAAGAAGCUGGAGGAGCAGCGGAUAAAGGAGGAGAAGCGACGGGCCGCCGUGGAGGAGAAGCGACGGCAAAAACAGGAGGAGGACCGGGUGCGCCAUGAGGCGGUGAUACGCCGCACGCUGGAGAGGAGCCAGAAAACCAGACCGAAGCAAAACCGCUGGUCGUGGGGAGGAGUGCUGCACACCAACGCUCCGAGCAUCCCGGCCGGUUUUGUCGAGUCUGCUUUCCUCUGUCCGCUCGACCUUGCUGGACUGGAGCACAUGCAGAGUGCUUUCAGUUUCUACCGCAGAUAUGGAUUGACGUCCCACUAUGCUGACAGACGGUCAGUGUCCACUGUGAAUUUAUCCAAGCACACGGACCCCAUCAUUACCAAGCGCCUCUCCUCCUCUUCUGCCACACUGCUGCACUCGCCAGACAGAGGCUUACAGAUGAGAACAACUUCCACCCCUGUCAUGAGCAAAGCUCAGUCCAAACCCCGCCUACAUCAGGGGAAGACCACGCAGCACAAAAACACAGGACUCCGCCGCCUUCCGCUGACACCAUGGGAGAGCAGCGUGGUGAACCGUCUACAGCAGCCAACCCACUCAUACCUGGCCCGCAGCCGCAGUGCCAUGAGCUUGUCUGGAGACCAGUCAGCCAUGCCUGUGUGUCCUCGCUCAGUUUCCUGCCACCCCAUGGGCGCCCUGUCCUUCAAGGCCCUGCAGGCCCAGGUGCUUCCUCAGUGCCGCGGCCACGAGAGGAGCCAGAGCAGGGAGAAAGCUCCGCCGGCCUCCGCCACGCCGCGCAGGAGGACCACAGGAACCGUGCAGCAUAAGGACCGUGAGGGCGUCAGGAAGUCUUGGAGCAACCUCUCCCUCCCUCUGGCUCCUAUUCUGACAUUACCCCCCAGCAAGCCUGCCACAUCUUCAGGCAGGAAGUCCAGCAAAGGGACAGCGCCCUCUGCUGGCAGACCUCCUCAGAAAACGACGGGACGCCCCCCGACCCCCAAGCUGCUUAAGUCUCCCGUUUCAGAAGAUCCUGGAAAUCUUCGUCCUGCCAGGCUCACACCUGAGAACUCCCAACCGUCAACGCCAGUCUCAGCUCCAAGGGAGGAAGAAGGGGAGAAGGAGCAGGUUUUAAGUCCUCCUCAACCCAGACCCCAGCCACUGGGUCAGAACAAACCCUCGAGUGAGCAGGUUGCAACCCCACCGACUGGAGCCAACGAGAGUCCACCAGCACAGAAACCCUCAGCUGGCACCACAGAUCCAGAGGAGGCGAGCAGGAUCCUGUCUGAAAAACGACGGCUGGCCAGGGAGCAGAGGGAGAGGGAGGAGGAAGAGCGGAGGCAACAAGAGGAGCAGGCGAGGUUAGCAAAGGAGGAGAUGGCCCGCCGCAAAGCCGAAGAGCGGGCAAAGAGAGAGGAGGAGGCCCAGCGUCUGGCGGAGGAGAGGAGGAGGCAGCAGGAGGAGGAGGAGAGGAAGGCGGAGGAGGAGAGGCUCCAGAAGGAACGAGAAGAGGCAGAGAGACUCCAGAAACAGAAAGAGGAGGAGGAGUCUCGUCUGAGGGAGGAGGCCGAGCGACUGAGGCAGGAGAGGGAGAAGCACUUUCAGAAAGAAGAAGCUGAGCGGCUGGAGAGAAAGAAGCGCCUCGAGGAGAUCAUGAAGAGAACCAGACGCUCGGACACAUCAGAUAAGAAAGCCAGGACCGGAGACGGCGGAGUGAGCCCCGGUUCUCCCGGAGCGCCUGCAGCCACCGUGCCUCAGACACACAACAGCAACAGUCACCAGCCCGACCUCCGCCCCCGGCACGGCGACGCCGCACAGAGCCGCCCCGACCAGAGGGAGAACGGAGAGUUCGAAGAGGUGAUCAGGCUGCCUUCACAUUCCAGGCUGUCUCCUCCUGAAGGAGAGGAGCAGCAGCAGGAGGAAGAGGAGGAGCAGAGGAGAGUUUCUGCCGUAGCCUUCACGGAGAACGGUCUUCUAAAGCCUCCGAGUGGAGUAGAAGAUAUCUCAGCCCAGCAGGGACCAGAUGUAGCCUGAUGUGGCUUUGGGCCGUGAUGACUCCACGGCCACAGAGACAGGAGAAGCUUCCGGAAGGACGCGGGGAAUCAUGGCGCUACGAGGACUGAACCAAAGGAGGGAUUCCCAGCAUCAUAUUUAUAUUCUUCUUCUCCUGGGGACUUCCGGUGUCUCCAAAGAACUCCAAAAAGACAUCUUUCCCAGGAGGAUGUGUCUUUCCCUUUUAGGGGAAACUCAGGCGAAGGGCUCGAUUUUCUGACACUUGCUCGUGGUGUUUUGUUCUUCACGUGGCCCCAGUUCUCCACCGGUCCUCAAACGCCCCCCCCCCAAAAAUCACUGGACGGUGAUGAAUUCCCACGAGACCGUGAAGAAAAAUCUGACAAUAGUGCAAACUGAGAUCACCUUUUCGGUCUCCGACCAUGAUACUUGAAGGGUUUUUGUUUUUGUCGAGGUUCUUGGAUCUGAUUUUCAGCAUCUGCAAUGUGACUUUAAUUCUGGAAUGAAAAAAAAAAAAAAAAAGGCUCAGAGCUGCAGAGUUUUCUUGUAGUUUCAGCUGUUUUCGUUGAAUCAUUAUUUAAGCGAUGGGAUGACGGCACAAGGUUAUAUAGAGAGGGUGACAUGUAAAGCGAUGUGUUCUGUCUACAGUGUUUAAAACUAGAGGUUAUAAGGUUGAGACCAGGGUGAUCGAGUAUUACAAACUCUAGGCGCAGUAAUUAUGAAAAGAAAAAUCUGUUUUUUUUUUUAAGGCAACAGAGAAAUGGGGCAAAAACCUCCUUGAUUUUCUUUUAGUUUUAUUUAAUUGCUGUACAGAUAAAAUGUGAUUCUUCACACAGCCAGCGUUUUUUUUUUUUUUUUUUCCACAUUUAGGAUAAUUAAUUUGCUUUGGGUUUAAGCCGUCUUGUUUACCCUAUUUACAGUUAAACUUGGUCAAAGCUACAUCCUUUAAUCUUUCCCACAAUGCUGGAGGACUGUUCCUUUAACCGGGCCGUUAGAGGCUGAAUGUUGUUCUGCCUAACCCCGGAUCAAAAUCAGUUCAAUCAUUUCCCGCUGAUACUGAAUCAGCCUACUGGAUCUUUUUUUUUUUUUUUUUUUCUUGAAGGGAUGCUGCUAACUGUUUAUCUUCCUUGCAUUGCAGCUGUUUAAGGUGAUGUUGUCUUUACACUGAAUUAAAGGUAAAUCUGCAUUCCUGAGCUUCGGCACUUGCAGCCAAACUCUCCUGUGUCUCCGUUCUGAAGGAAAUAUCACAAGCCAAAUUAAAUGCACUGUCCCAACCAUAUGCAGCUUCUCAAAGAUUUUUUUUUUUUUUAACUCAGUUCUUGGUGUUUGUCUUUUUGCAUCCAUUUUGUCACUGGAACAAAAUACCCAACAUAUGUACUAGUGAGCAGGAGGUUUCUCCCAGCUGGGCUGGUAAAGUCAUGGUGACUACGUAGGUUUGUAAAUUAUACCAAGUGGACAUUUUCUUGAAGACCACAAAGCUUUGAAAGCAAAUGCACCAUUUAAGGCUGGUAUGUGAAAACAGAGUUCAUUUGAACCAUUCUUUUGCUGAAGUGUAAAAUUAUUACAGCUCUAUUACAGGGUAAAUAAAAUUUUUUGGAACUGAUUA